AUGGGUUCCGCGAUAGCGAACAACAAGUUCACCAUCAAGGCCAUCAGGUCGUACAUCAUCGGCGGUGUCGGGUCCGGCGGUGAUUAUCACAAUGUCAAGGGCGGCCACUGGUUGAUCGACUCGGAUAUCUCGACACCCUGCUCGCGAUGGGAGCAAUACCGCAAAUCGAGAACGAGCUGGGGCAUCAAUGUCCUCGGCUCCUUUUUGGUGGAGAUUGAGUCUGCCGAUGGCACAGUCGGUAUCGCGACCGGCUUUGGUGGCCCUCCCGGCUGCUGGCUCGUGCACCAGCACUUUGAGCGUUUCCUAAUCGGCGCGGACGCACGAAACACCAACCUCCUCUUCGAGCAGAUGUACCGUGCCUCCAUGUUCUACGGACGAAAGGGUCUCCCUGUGGCCGUCAUCUCCGUCAUCGACCUCGCGUUGUGGGACUUGCUCGGCAAGAUCCGCGACGAGCCCGUCUACCGUCUGAUUGGUGGCGCCACCAAGGAGCGCGUCGAUUUCUACUGCACCGGCCCUGAGCCGCCCGCGGCUCGGGACAUGGGCUUCUGGGGCGCCAAGGUUCCCCUGCCCUUCUGCCCGGAUGAGGGUCAUGUCGGCCUCAAGAAGAACGUAGAGUUUCUACGCAAGCACCGAGAGUCCGUGGGCCCAGACUUCCCCAUCAUGGUGGACUGCUACAUGAGCCUGAACGUGUCGUACACCAUUGAGCUCGUCAAGGCGUGUGAGGAUCUCAACAUCAACUGGUGGGAAGAGUGCCUGUCGCCCGAUGACACGGACGGCUUCGCUCAGAUCAAGCGUGCCCACCCCACGGUCAAGUUCACCACGGGCGAGCACGAGUAUUCGCGCUUCGGAUUCCGCAAGCUCGUGGAGGGACGCAACCUGGACAUCAUCCAGCCCGACGUCAUGUGGCUCGGCGGUCUGACUGAGCUCCUCAAGGUGGCGGCCCUGGCGGCGGCCUACGACAUCCCCGUCGUGCCGCACGCCAGCGGGCCCUACAGCUACCACUUUGUCUUCUCGCAGCCCAACACGCCGUUCCAAGAGUACCUCGCCAACUCGCCCGACGGCAAGAGCGUGCUGCCCGUCUUUGGCGACCUCUUCAUCGACGAGCCCAUCCCCACCAAGGGGUACCUGACCACGGCGGACAUUGACAAGCCCGGCUUCGGACUCACGCUGAACCCGGCCGCGCGCUCCAAGCUGAUCCCUUCCAACUACCUUUUGAACCCUCCCGUGCAAAAGUCCCUGACGCCCGCGGCGGCGCCUGUGGAGAAUGGUACCGCAACCAAGACAGAGUCUCCGGAGAAGACCAAUGGCGUUGUGGACAACUUGACCGCCAAGGUGGAGGAGCUGACCACUGGGUCGUCAUGA